ACGCGUUUUUCCCGUUUUCGGUUUACUCACACCCUCAGUAUUUUAAGUGAAGACGGAGUCCCUAACCUCUUCGUUCCCAUCGGAUUACCGCUCUCAAGUCUUCCUGAAUACGUCCAAGUCAUCCGAGUACUAUGCACACAUCCAUUUCAGCGUCCCACUGGGGUUCCCCUACCGCUUCCAGACGGGCUCUGCUCAUUCAUGGAUUGACUAUGUCCUCGCAAUCAUGGGAGGGCAUCGCUCAGCUAUUAGUAGCAAAAGGGUUCUUUGUCGUCGCGCCGAAUCUCCUUGGCCAUGCAUGGAGACGGGGCACCAACUAUAGCAUGUCCGCCCUUGCAGAGGACCUCCGGCCAUAUUUCGUCAUGGACACGUCCUACGACGUGAUUAUGGGUCAUUCCCUUGGGGGCAUAGUGACCUUAUCGCUCUUGCCAUUCUUACCCAAGGCGAAAGAAACCACCGUCAUACUUCUCGAUCCCACACUCGAGCUUACAGAGGAGACAUUCGAAAUCCAUAGAAAAUGGUUUGGGAAGGAAGUUACGAAUGUUAGAACUGCCAAUGAGCAUAUGGCCGAGAAUCCUGCUUGGUCUCGAGGUGACAGUGUGUUAAGAGCGCUAGGAGCACACAUGUGUGAUCGCACUGUUGUCGAGCGGAUAUUUGAGCACAACAAGCCUUGGUCUUUCAGUAGCCUAUUGAAACACAUCCCAUCUCACGUGAAGACCACCAUAUUGGCAUCAGAUCCGGCAUUUGGUGCUGUUUGUCAUUUGGAGCAUGUCCCUUGUGACGUGGCAAGGUUGAACACUAAAGUCUUUAUCGGAAUUGGACACUGGAUUCAAUACGAGUGUCUGGAUGUUAUCAUGGAUGAAAUACCCCUACCAAGAGCAAGACUGUGAGCUGUGUAAAGUAAGAGCUUUGCGGCGUAAUU